UUCCGCUUCCCCCUCCGGCUCCUGCCGCCGCCGCCUCGGUGGGUGCCGCCGCCGCCAUUGCAGAGGCGCCGUGUGGCGGCCGCGCCCCGCUGCCCGCUCGUCCGUCCCGGAGGGCGGCCGGCGCCGCCCCGGCUCCGGUCUUUUUGCUCCCUUGUCCGGAAUAAAGAAGCAUCACGGCUGGUCUCCUCCAGGAAGGUGUUCUGCUCACGAAUGGUGGUGCUGGGAAGGCUGAAGACUAGAUAACAAAUUAGGGUAGGUACUGGAAAAUUGAGAAGAUCCUGCAGAUAACUUGCAACAUCUGAAAGAGCAAUCAGUAAGCAAAAAUGGAAGGCUAGGAACCACGGUCUGAUCUACGGCUGCGUCCCCACCAGCUGAGUCCAGUGCUGCCGGCCUAUUUAUCACUCUGUCAUCAGGAAGAGGGCUUGAAGGCAGAUUUGUCUAGGUGGAUGUUGUGCAGCUUUGACAGCUGUUUCCCAUCAGUCUGCAAGUCUGUGGGGCAGCCCGCACAUGGUCACUUCUCAACUGAGGCUGCCAGAACUUUGGUUCGUGCUGUUUGUGCCUCUGAAGAGUCCUCACUAGCUGUUCAGAACCAUGUCUGACAACGGAGAACUGGAAGACAAGCCACCAGCUCCUCCUGUGCGGAUGAGCAGUUAUGGGGGAAAGGACCCGUUGUCUGCCAACCACAGCUUGAAACCUCUGCCCUCCGUACCAGAAGAGAGAAAACCUAGGAAUAAAAUCAUCUCCAUAUUCUCUAGCACUGAAAAAGGAAGCAAGAAGAAGGAAAAGGAACGACCAGAAAUCUCCCCGCCGUCAGACUUUGAGCAUACUAUCCAUGUUGGCUUUGAUGCUGUCACUGGAGAGUUCACUGGAAUGCCAGAGCAAUGGGCUCGGUUGCUACAGACCUCAAAUAUCACCAAGUUAGAACAGAAGAAAAACCCUCAGGCAGUACUCGAUGUGCUGAAAUUCUACGACUCCAAAGACACAGCGAAACAGAAAUAUCUGAGCUUUUCUGCUCCAGAAAAAGAUGGUUUCCCUUCAGGAACACCAACGACCAAUGCCAAAGGUUCAGAGCCAUCAACAGCUGUGGCAGAUGAUGAUGAUGAUGAUGAAGAAGCCCCACCUCCUAUUAUUGCUCCGCGCCCAGAUCACACGAAAUCGAUUUAUACACGGUCUGUAAUUGACCCCAUCCCUGCACCAGCUGGUGACGCUUCUGUUGAUGGUGGGACAAAGUCAGGUGAUAAGCAGAAAAAGAAGACCAAAAUGUCAGAUGAAGAGAUCAUGGAGAAACUACGUACUAUUGUGAGCAUAGGCGAUCCCAAGAAAAAAUACACCAGAUAUGAAAAAAUUGGGCAGGGGGCUUCAGGUACCGUUUUCACAGCUAUUGAUGUGGCUACUGGGCAGGAGGUUGCUAUCAAACAGAUAAACCUGCAGAAACAGCCCAAGAAGGAGUUGAUUAUUAAUGAGAUCUUGGUAAUGAAGGAGCUAAAGAACCCCAACAUAGUCAACUUCCUGGACAGUUACCUCGUAGGAGAUGAACUGUUUGUGGUGAUGGAGUAUCUAGCUGGAGGCUCACUAACAGAUGUGGUCACAGAAACAUGUAUGGAUGAAGCACAGAUUGCUGCUGUUUGCAGAGAAUGCUUGCAAGCGCUUGAGUUCCUCCAUGCCAACCAGGUCAUCCACAGAGAUAUAAAGAGCGACAACGUGCUGCUAGGGAUGGAUGGAUCAGUUAAACUAACCGACUUUGGUUUCUGUGCUCAGAUCACCCCAGAGCAGAGCAAGCGCAGCACUAUGGUUGGAACUCCUUACUGGAUGGCUCCUGAAGUCGUCACACGGAAAGCCUAUGGCCCUAAAGUGGAUAUCUGGUCCCUAGGCAUCAUGGCUAUUGAGAUGGUGGAAGGAGAACCCCCGUACCUCAAUGAAAACCCCCUGAGGGCGUUAUAUUUGAUAGCAACUAAUGGCACACCAGAGCUUCAGAACCCUGAGAAACUGUCCCCAAUAUUCCGGGAUUUCUUAAACCGAUGUUUGGAGAUGGAUGUUGAGAAAAGAGGAUCAGCCAAAGAAUUGCUACAGCAUCCCUUCUUGAAACUGGCCAAACCUCUGUCUAGCUUGACGCCGCUGAUCCUGGCAGCCAAAGAAGCAAUGAAGAGUAACCGCUAACGUUAUUGCCGUGGCCUACGUUUGGUUUUGUUUUGUUUUGUGUUUUUUUUUUACAAAUCUUUUUAAUAUAUGAAAUUGUUACACUUCUGGUGGGAGGGAAGAGGUUUGCGGGUGGGAUGGGGCGGGGGGAACAUCUGCAAAAGGGAAGCAACUCUCAUCCAGAAGACACCUGACAUAAAUUGUGGUGAAUCUAGUGAUCCCUUUCUGGGGUCCAGAAGGAAUUGAGGACUGAAUUACUGGCUUUUUUUUUUUUUACCCUUUUUCUCCUAUAUUUUUUUUUCUCCAGACAGCCCAGAAAUGCCACUUAGCAUGCCCAGGGUUUUAAGGGCUUUAAUGACUUUACUGUAACAACUCCCAUUCAUUGUACCCUUGUGGGUGCUUUUAGUACUUGAAUGACCGAUUCAAGCUUUCAGAGAGCAGCACUAAUGUAACCAGCUGAUCUCUUUCAUUCUCCUCUUCCUCCUCUCUACCUGUAAGUUGCUCUGGUAAGCUCCCAAAUGACAAGAUUCAUGGCAAAUGUGACUGAUGUGAAGGUACAUCUUGCCCCUUCUUCCUUAUACAAAUUAGCUGUCACUCAGCUGUUUAAUCAAUAGUGGGGCUACUCAAGAAAUCACAACAUGAGAUAUAUUUUGCUUUUUAAGACGUGUGGAGAGAGGGGGAAGAGAAGUAUCCAGAUGCUUUUCAUGUGCCUGUGCUCUGUGGACUAUUAAUCGAAGAUGUGGCUACUUUGUAGAAACCUCAUGAUUGGUCAAGUCUUUGGAUGUCGGUUUAUGGAUAUGUAGGUAAGGGUCAGAUAGUUUAUUUAUGAUCAAAUGAUCAGCUAUAGUCAGGGCAAGAAAACAAUUCCAGCUGUCUUCCUGUGUGUUCUUUUUCCCAUUAGACUUGCUGGCCAGAAGCUUAAGGGGUAUUUUGCUUGGUGUGGUGGGUGGUUCAAAAACAUGUAUUGCAUCUGUGCUCUGACUUGGGCUUUGGAAGUUAUGCUGGUGCCUUUGACUUUUUACUUUACAUUUUCUUUCUUGUAUCAAAUACAUUUUUGUAUAUGUUGUAAUUUUUUCCCCCAAGCAAGUAAUGCAUCAAAGUAUGGAGUUGUCAGAAUUUAAGUAUUAGAGCUAUUUUUUUCCAGUUUUGUAUGUGCUCUGUUCGUAUUAACGAAAUGAAAACAAGUCAUCAGAUCUGAGGACACUGAAGAUGCAGGUUUUCUCAAACAGAAGAUUACAAACACCUGGAAAUGCCAAAAUGCUGUUCUGAGAAGAAGGAGGCUGAGACAAGAGAGCAGUGCCUUCAGACAUCCACGGGGCUUAUUUAGCUGGCUGGUUUGAAGCUGAAGAGACUUGGUGCAUCAUCACACUGACCCUUUCUCAAUGCAAGAAAAAGUGCCUCCCUUUGAGGGACAGUGAGCGCCUUCAGUGACUGAUUUCUUGGUGUGUCAAUGGGGCAAGUGUAAAAGAGCCUGUGCCCCCAGCUUCUUUUAGUGCUACAGUCUAUGCAUUUCAACUUCCCAAACAGUUUAAUGAAGAACUAACUGUAGUUACAACGUGCCAAAUGAUUCUGUGAAUGAGUAACUGUUACUUUACUGGGAUUUUAUCACUUUUGCAGUGGGCAGGACCUGGGAUGGAUAGGGUUAUUGCUGGGUAUUAACAGAGGACCCUGAGUAAAAUUUGUACACACCUUUACAAGCGUUGCUGGCAGGAGCUAGAAGUCAUUUUCAGAUAAUUUUGUACAGAGAGAGAGAGAAAAUUAAGUCUUGGGGACUGUAGCCAAGGUAUGAGGAAACUCAGAGCUGAGAGCAGCCAGCCAGAACUGCUGAGCCUGCGUCUGUUGGGGAGGGAAGGUGAGCAGGACUACGGUCCCAAAAUGUUGGCAGUGACUCACCAGCUUCCAGGAGAUGGCUUUGUGCCACCAGGUGCCUUACUGUGCAGGGAUCUGCAGUGCCACCACUCAGUGUGUGUUCUGCUCUUUUGUGGUAGGAACCCAAGUACGUUACGGUAACUGCGCCGCCGGAGGACAAAAUCUCUCUAGUUGUAUGGGCGAGAAUAGCUGUGGUUUUGAGUUGCAGAUAGCGUCUUAUUCCAGGCAGGUAAAUCUAGGUGCAUUUCCCAGGCAGAACGUAUUGCAGGCCGUGGUUGCUGUAAACACUAGAAUGGCAUUGCUCUUGGUUUGAAUGCGUCUGGCUUCCUGGUCAGUGAAGUAGCAAGGAAGCUUGGCUAAGGAAAAAACCUGUCUUAUUGAUGAUUCCCUCUUUGUCCAUUGCUGGCAAUGGACUUUGUGAAACUCCUUGUGCCAGAGUUAAGGUGGGAGCUUUUCUUUCUUUUUUCUUCUUUUUUUUUGUUUUUAAUCUUUUUUUUCUUU